AUGCAAAGGAGGAUCCCCUCGGCGUGUCAGGCAAUUGUGUGCCAGCAACGCCCAGUCAAGCCGCAGCUGAAGUGCCGUCGCUACCGCAAUCUCAGGGAGGACAGUCAUUACAGUCGGGCGCAGCGGGCCCACCGACACCACCGCAGCCGGCAGCUACAGCAGCAGCGUCAUCUUCGGUGCAAACUCCGCAUGUUGGCCGUGCGGGGGACGGGCACUCCACUGCCGCCGUGGAGCAGCCAGGCGGUGCGGCGGGUCCCACCGGAAGUCGGGAGCCAUCGGCAGGUGGCCUUCAGGAAACUACAGCGCCAUCGGCUGACACUGCGGCUUCGCCAACAGCCGCGGCAGGCAGGACGGCGGAAGGAACCCCCACCACAACGACGACGACCAGCAGCCCGAGUGCUGGGAGCCACGCGAAAAGCAACGCAGACGGCGGUGACACCAUCUCCGCUGCGUGGAUGCGUGCACCUCUGCCGCUGCUGCUCAUGGCUGCCCUUGCCUGUGCCUGUGCUGCUGCGUAGGUGGUGA